UAACAGCCGGAAAUACGUCUGUGUUCGUAGGCUGAAGUCAAUUAACAUGAAAAUUUAAGACCACCCCUUCUCCUAUUUCAAUAAUGGAAAAUGGCGUGUUUUGUCUUGAGCGCGAGUUCAUUUAAGGUUUCAGCACGUGAAACCCUUAUAACAUGUGGUUACGAGAAGAAAAAAAAAAUCAGUAUUGAGUAUCCUCUCUUAUUUGAUGGUGUUGGAAAUCGAAUGGACAUCGCUAUUUUGUUUUCGGCGGGGCCAAACGAGUACGUCUGCGUUCGCAGGCUACUUUUUUACUGCUUAGUUAAUUGACUUUUUGUAAUUUAGUUAUUCCAAUUGUAUUCUAUUUAUUUGAAAAUCCGGUAAUCAAUUUCUCAGAAAUUUUCAGGCCCUUGUUCGUUUCAGCUUUUUAAAACAGGAAUUAAACGUUUGCGGAAAUUGAACCUCCUGUUCCUGUCGAGAGAUGACACAAGAUCGCGCAUACGGAAAUGUUCUCUUCUUGUCUACGUGACAACGAUUUCUGCUUUGAUUGCAGCAAUUGUUUCCUCAGUUUAUAUUUUUUAAAAGGGUUUAGUACGGCUUUAAGACUAUACUCAAGAAGAAACGGCCGGAUUAGCUUAUUUUGCUUCCUGAACAUUGUGAAGAAGUAACUGGGCUACGUAGCGUUGCGUGACCAAAGACCCAAAUAACCCGUCCCCCGGGAUGUUACUUUCGACAGUGCAUUGUAGAGAAUUACAGACAUAGGAAAAAACUGAGAAGAAUCGAGAAUCUGAACGUUUACUAGUAAUCUAACAAUUCAGUAUCGCAUGCAGUUUUGAAAGAGAGCUGCUAUCGUAAGAGAGUGCAGUUUCUUAAGACGGUUUGGACAAUAGCUGAAACAUGCUGUAACAAAGAUCGGUCACUAUGAAAGGCGUAUUAAACGCUCGGGUGUUAUCCGGUUUCCGGAGAAAAUGUGCAAAAGCGCGUGCACAGCACUGUACUGUUGAAGAAAGCUAUCAAAACCCAAAAGAGGGAGCUUCAAGCUCUUUUCUGAGACUUUCCACAUAGAGAUCAGAGUGUGCUUUUUAUGUAUUUUCUUGCGCAUUGCUAAACAACAGGGCAGACAAACAGAGUAAACAGCUAAUACGUUAUUGUAUGGCGUUGGCAUGAAGUGAGGACAUGGGUUAUUUCACAAUUAGAUUAUUAAUUCCAAGCAUCAUUUGACUCUUUAACCACUGUUUGAUUUAUGUUCAUUUAUGCUCAGCAUUUUAGUCGAAUUAAAAAACUCUAUGAAGAUAUUCCUGUAGACUUUCAGAAACGUCGUGCGGAUUUAAAAAACUUCUGUGAUCGAAACCGUGCCAAACUGCGUGACGUACUUCACCGGUAGGGUAACAGACAACUUGGCUAGCGUUACAUAUUUCGAAACUACUCUUUCAGCUUGUUUCAGUCAGGUUUUAGCAUUCCAAGAAAGACGUCUAUAUAUAGCAAAACUUUCUCGCAAGCAGCCGUUAAACAACUAAACAUGGCGUCCAGUCUGCUCCUUUGGUUUGUGCUUAUUACAUUACUUGCGUUUACAAGUUCUGCUACGUUAUGUCCGAGGAUUUUCUUUCAAAACAUCAACGAAGCGACCAUGCCGUACAAAAUCAUCGAAGGUGUCUACAUUAAGGAGAACUACUACCACAACAGUUUUCCUGUCUACCGCCUAGAGAAUGAUACCUUGCUAUUUUAUCACAUGGUCAGCAAAGGUAACGACUAUUUGGUAUUUGGACUCAAUCUCAACGACUACUUUGGCGUGGCUGCAACUGUUUACGAGGAUCCCGCGUCUUGGCUCAGUUCAGCGAUUUUAAACAGGAACGAUAUAUUUGGUGGAAUCGUGAACCAGUGGCAAUACUACAACACACGAGAAGAGACCAACUACUAUGUGCCAACUACUUAUUCCUCUCCCAAGAUCAAAGCGGUUUGCGUGGAUGAAGAUUUCAGAGAAUGUAACUCGGACAGAGUUUACUUGAAUGAGAGCUUUGAUGACGGUAAAGGGAUCACUUUGAACGAUCCCACCAAAGAUUAUUUCUAUCGCGUGGUGGGUUUGUUCCGCAAUCUUCGUCCUGUCUAUAAACACAACGCUCAGACAUGGUAUUUACAGUAUGUGGACAACUUCUGGGUGGUUACUGGUUCGUAUGCACCGAGUAAUUAUGACGAUAAGACUUACAUGAGAGUAAAGGAUUUCGCAAUAAGACCUGAAUAUAUCAGCAAAACGUGGUCGGUGCAUUACAAUGGAUGGCGUGACAUGCCCAACCUCAGAGUCAUGUGUAGGGGAGUGACUUCAAUGUCGAACACUUGUCCAUCAAGACCAUGUGACAGUAAAGCAAGAUGCGUUUACACUUCGGGUAACGAAACCCUCUGUCUCUGUCCUUCAGGAUAUACGGGACUGACAUGUUCCGUCAACAAAGAGUGCCCCAAACCAUUCCCCAAAGCCAACACAGAAGUUAAUUUUGCUAACUCGGGGAAACGACCCGGAGACCUUGGCUUCGCAUUCUGCAGUGGAUCGUAUCCCUCCGUGAGGUAUUACUUGUGUGUGGAUGGCAGAUCCAGUUCGUACUGGAGGGGACAAGGGUCACUCUGCACAGGAGAGGACCCGACGACUCCGACAUGGUAUACUAGAACUCGAGAAACACCUUGGUAUCAUCGAACUGUAGGCCCACCGCGGGCUAAACCCAUCAACUUUGAUGACAACCCCAUUGUAGUCCCAGUUGUGAUCUCUGUUGCUGUCCUGAUACAAAUCCUUCUGCCGUUCGUGCUGUGGUGCUGUGCUUUGUGCACGACGUCUUGCAAGGAAGUCGAGGAGGAAGAAGAUGAUCAGAGGAGACGAGAACAAGUUGACGAGGAGCUGGGGAGGCGUCUUCAACGAGUUGCUGCAGCCGGGAAUCAAGAGGAACUCGACCAAGGCGUCCAAGAAUACCAGCAAGCCGUUCAGGAUUAUCAAAGGGAAAGCGACGCCAAAGAAUUGAGCCGCAAACGAGGUUUCUACCGAAAUGCGAGUUUGUGCAGGCUUAUUUCAAUGGACAUGUUUUUCUCUUUCUAUCUUUGGCUUAUCUACUUUGUUGGAUGUGAUCUGUCCCAAUGCACAAAGUAUGGUUCCGUCUUUGAGAUAUUAAGAAUCUUCGCCAUUGUAAUGCUUUGUCUCUCUCCUGUGAUAGUCCUACUAGAAAGCGCCUUCUCCCACGAGCUGGACUACCUCAAGAACAUCAUGGAAGACGAGACGGCUUGGGGCUACAUACAAAGAAUGCACGAGGUUCCACCGAGGAUCAACAUGGUUGUAGAAUGCUACCAUUACGAGACACGUACGCGAGUGGUGUAUUACACAGACGCCAACGGAAACCAGCAGUCUCGCACCGAGACUUACACAGAGAAAGUUGUAACAUAUGUGGACCAGGACGUGUUCUCCUUUGGUUCAUGGCUUGAUGUUUCUAAGAAGGAGAUGCCAGCACUAAGUAUGGUUGCUCUAACUCGAGUCAAGAUCGAUCCAAGUAUCCUAUUCGGCGACCAAGAAACUGCAGAUGACUACGAGAGGCAAGUGGCAGAAAUGUUGGACAGAAAUCGUCACCGAGAUGUCUAUACUGAUUACUCGUCGAGCAAAGAAAUUCCUGGACUGAAGAAGCGGAUAUCUGCGUACGUAGAUUUGAGGGUGAAGCCAUUUUGGAUUCGGCCGCUGUUUUUCUGGAUUGCCACCUUGUUGCAGAUGACUUGGCCUUACCGCUGGUUAUUCAGAGCCAAAACAGCAAAGACCUACUAUGCCUUGAAGAAAAAGAUGUACAAGAGCACAACACCACCGAGAGAGGUUGACGUGAUGGAUCCAAUUGCAGUCCUGACUGGUAAUGAAUCCUCUGUCUUGAACGCCAGUGGUCCAGACAACAGCUGCCCAGGUUACCCAAUGUCUGUGAUGAAUAAUGCAGAAGGAGGCAAUCUCACCAUCCAAAAUGGUGGUACGGCAUAUCCACCUGUUAAUCCAUACCUCGGACAAGGCCAUCCAAGCCAAGGCGAAAGUCAUCUGAACCCGACUUACAAUCCUGAUGCAGAACAGCCAUAUACUCCUUAUCCUGUUGCAUCUCAGCCAAAUGCCCCGCCGCCGCCAUAUACUGCAGGGAUGAAUUAUCCAGCCCAGGGCAGCAGUGCACCAUAUCCACCGCCCAGUCCAUAUAGUGGACCUGCAUUUCCAGCUCAUCCUGCCGGACCGCUACCAAGUGCGCCUCCGCCAUCAUACGAGGCAUCUGUAGGUCACAACCCCGAGCCAAGCAACGAGCACAAACCUCCGGCACCCUUCCUCAGUGCUAAGUUUUGGUAUCCUAGAACUCGAGAAACACCUUGGUAUCAUCCAAUUUUAGGCCCAGCGCGGAAUAAACCUACCAACUUUGAUGACAACCCCAUUGUAGUCCCAGUUGUGAUCUCUGUUGCUGUCCUGGUACAAAUCCUUCUGCCGUUCGUGCUGUGGUGCUGCGCUUUGUGCAGGACGUCUUGCAAGGAAGGCGAGGAAGAAAAAGAUGAUCAGAUGAGACGGGAACAAGUUGAUGAGGAGCUGGGGAGGCGUCUGCAACGAGUUGCCGCAGCCGGAAAUCAAGAGGAACUCGAUCAAAGCAUCCAAGAAUACCAGCAAGCCGUUCAGGAUUAUCAAAGGGAAAGCGACGCCAAAGAAUUGAGCCGCAAACGAGGUUUCUACCGAAAUGCGAGUUUGUGCAGGCUUAUUUCAAUGGACAUGUUUUUCUCUUUCUAUCUUUGGCUUAUCUACUUUGUUGGAUGUGAUCUGUCCCAAUGCACAAAGUAUGGUUACGUAUUUGAGAUGUUGAGAAUCUUCGCCAUUGUAAUGCUUUGUCUCUCUCCUGUGAUUGUCCUGCUAGAAAGCGCCUUCUCCCACGAGCUGGACUACCUCAAGAACAUCAUGGAAGACGAGACGGCUUGGUGCUACAUACAAAGAAUGCACGAGGUUCCACCGAGGAUCAACAUGGUUGUAAAAGGCUACCAUUACGAGACAAGUGGGCGCGUCGUGCACGAAACAGGCGAAGACGGUAACAAGCAUUCCAGCACCGAGACUUACACAGAGAAAGUUGUGACAUAUGUGGACCAGGACGUGUUCUCCUUUGGUUCAUGGCUUGAUGUUUCUAAGAAGGAGAUGCCAGCAUUGAGUACUGUGGCUCUAAAUCGAAUCAAGAUCCACCCAAGUAUCCUAUUCGGUGACCAAGAAACUGCAGAUGACUACGAGAGGCAAGUGGCAGAAAUGUUGGACAGAAAUCGCCACCGAGAUGUCUAUACUGAUUACUCGUCGAGCAAAGAAAUUCCUGGAUUGAAGAAGAGGAUAUCUGCAUACGUGGAUUUGAGGGUGAAGCCAUUUUGGAUUCGGCCGCUGUUUUUCUGGAUUGCCACCUUGUUGCUGAUGACUUGGCCUUACCGCUGGCUGUUCAGAGCCAAAACAGCAAAGACCCACUAUACCUUGAAGAAAAAGAUGUACAAGAGCACAGCACCACCGAGAGAGGUUGAUUUGAUGGAUCCAUUUGCAGUCCUGACUGCAAAUAUCUUGAACUCCAACUCCAAGAACUGCCCAGGUUACCCAACGUCUGUGAUGAAUGAUCCAGGAGGAGGUGAUCAUACUUCAUACUUCGGAAGAGGCGAUCCAAGCCAACGCGAAGGUCAUCUAAACCCGCCUCACAAUCCUGAUGCAGAGCAGCCAUUUUCUUCUAAACCUCCUGGAUCUCACCCAAAUAUACCUCCACCGCCAUGUGCUGCAGGGAUAUAUUAUCCAGCACCCCAUUCUCCCUUCCCAGGUUAUUCUGCUGGACCUCUACCAAGAGCACCUCCGCCAUCGUACGAGGAAGCUGUAGGUCACAUCUCCCAGCCAAGCAACGAGCACAAGCUUCCCACUGUGCAGUGUUAGAUGGUAUUGAUUUCUUUUUGUUCUCAACCAUUAUUUAUAGCCCGCGUGCAGUCACCUACCAUUUCGCUUCAAGUUAAAAAAGCGCCGGCAGGAAGGUUACCUGUCUCGAGCCUACGACAGAAAUUUACUAAUUCUGUCAAUUCUCCUCUUGAGGGCUCUUGGGACAACAUUAAUUUACUGUUAUAAACUUACAUUGCACGUUCAUUGCAUAUCUUUGUGUUAUAUAUGUCUCUUUUGGUAAUUGAAAACUUGUGAAACGGUUUGUCAACUUCAUGCUGUGCGAGUUCCUUCAUGAAAAACCUUUUGCACUUUUGCACUUGCACUCGCGCUUUAAAAAACUUUUUAUAUGCUCAAAAUCACCGAAAGAAAGUCAAGAAAACUAGGACAAUCUUUAAAUAAUAUUUUGAGCUGAUUGUACUACGGCCCCUUUCAAACACACGAAUACUCUGAAGUUCAAACCACGAUUAACGAUUGCGUU